AUGCCCCUCGAUUUCUUCGGUCAUGUGCUCGAAACCGGCCUCCCGAUAUGGGUAACGGACAACUGGUGGUUCAUCACCAAAGCCAUCAUAACGGUCGCGCUGCUCGUGGCAAUCAAGCUAUGGAGCGCCGGUUCCUCCAACCCUGCUGAGCGGGACAUGCACGGGAGAGUCGUCAUGAUAACAGGCGGGACUUCAGGCAUAGGGGCGGCGACGGUGCUGGAGCUGGCCAGACGCGGUGCGCAAAUCGUUUUGUUGACGAGCACGCCCGUCUCGGACCCCUUUCUUGUCGAGUACAUCAGCGACGUGCGGGCCCGGACGAACAACCAGCUCAUCUACGCUGAACAGGUCGACCUCGCGUCCCUGCACAGCAUCCGCAAGUUUGCGACCAAAUGGAUCGACAACGCCCCGCCACGCCGCCUCGACAUGAUUGUCCUUUGUGCCGCGACCAUAACGCCCGCCGCGGGAAAGAGGAUGCAGACGAAGGAGGGUAUCGAGGAGAUGUGGAUGGUCAACUACCUCUCCAACUUCCACCUCCUCUCCAUCCUCAGCCCCGCCAUCAAGGCGCAGCCCUUUGACCGCGACGUGCGCAUCAUCUUCGCCACCUGCUCCUCCUACAUCGGCGCAGGCUCCCUCAAGGAGCCCCUGAGCAAAGAGACCUGGUCUCCCAGCAAGGCGUACAAGCGCAGCAAGCUCGCGCUCAUGGUCUUCGGCCAGGCCUUCCAGAAGCACCUGAACGCCUACAAGCGACCCGACGAGUUGCCCAUGAACUCACGCGUCUACUUCGUCGACCCAGGCUUUGUCCGCACGCCAGGAAUGCGCCGUUGGCUCUCGCGUGGCACGUUGUGGGGUCUCUUCACGUACCUCGUCGCCUACCCGGUGCCGUGGCUGCUCCUCAAGAGCCCCGAGCAGGGCGCGCAGUCGAUCCUCUACGCCGCCAUGGAGUCGAGCCUCGUGCGCAUCGGCGGCGGGAAGCUAAUCAAGGAGUGCCAAGUGGUCGAUUUCGCGCGCAAGGACGUGGAGGACAAAGAGGUGGCCAAGAAGCUCUGGGAGGAAAGCGACAAGCUGAUCGAGACGACGGAAAAGGAACAGGCUGCCGUCCGGGCGCUGCAGAAGAAGGCCGAGGAAGAAAAGGCCAAGCAAGAGAAGGAGGCGGAGAAGAUCAAGGAGGUAGAGGCUCUUGUCGAGGCCAUUAAAAAGGGCAAGGAGUCGCAAAAGCCAAAGGGCAAGAAGAAGGCCAAGAAGGACACGUGA